GAGAGAAGAGAGAGCGAAAGAGCAAGUGAGUGAGUAGCUGAAAUAUAAAGUGAGGGGAAGAAAAACACGGAGGACGAGACGAGACAAAUAAAGGCAGGUGGAAGAGAGAUAACGUGUCUAGAAAGGCAGUUUCAAAUACUGCGCAUGCAGAGGGUUUGUGUUAUAUUUUCACUGGAGAGACAGAAACAGCACUUAAACUGGAAUUGUACAUUUUGACUGAGACGGUUUGAUGACUGUAGACAUUAUACACACAGAAGAUGCAGGUUUUCAUUGACUGCAGACAACAAGAUUGACGUAGCAGCCUGUAGAUAUCUGUCCCUGGUAGAGACAUGAAGACUGUUGCCAGGCUUCACUAUUGGCCGAUGUUUGUGUACCGAACCAAGCAAGAGCUUCAGUUGGGAUGAUGGAGAUGGUUAAUGAGACAGUGACUUUGACUCCAGGGAUCGGAGAGACGCUGGCUCCUCUCUGCACAAACUGCUACUGUGGGCUGCUAAACCAGACUUUAACGGUUAUGUUUAUGGUCAGCUUGGCCUUUGCCAUCGUCGUGGGAAACGUGGUCACACUUACUGUUCUCAUGCAGACGCGACAUUCCCGAACACCACAGGGGUACCUCAAAGUGUCCCUGGCCAUCGCAGAUAUGAUGGUUGGAGUUUUGGUGGUGCCAUUUUCCGUAUACACAGAGAUCUCCCUCAUGGUAACCAGAGCUCCACCAAUGUGGUACCAGGAUGUCUCCAAGGGGUCUUUGGGUGAUGUAUCAGGGCCUUGGCAACCCUGCAUGCUGAUCGGCCCACUUUUUGCUGGCUGCACUUUUGUAUCCAUCAUCACAAUUUUUUUGAUGUCAGUAGAGCGUAGUGUGGCGAUCCUGCGUCCGUUGCAUAAAGACGCACUUGUGACACACCGUCGCACCCUCUUCCUGACCCUUGUAUCUUGGGCUGGUGGAUUUUUACUGGCCGUUGCACCGCUCGUUUUAAGCAACAGCUUCACACUGGAGUACAACGAAUGCAGUCGCAUGUGUAACUACGCACCUAUACUUACUGACCUUCAGCUGUCUCCAGAUGCCAACAUUCUGCUGCUCUUUCCAGCAUUUGACUUCACUUUAUUGGGUGGCACGCUGGCCAUCAACAUCUUGUCCUUCUCCAGUAUCCGCCGUUACUCCCGUAAACGCAAGCUCCUCUGUGAGGGAGGACUCGGGGCCGACUCGGGAACCGGCGGGUAUCCGCAUAGACCAUCAUUUUCCGACAUCAAAGCAGCUAAGACCAUCGGAAUCCUUACGUUUGCAUUCACGGCCUCCUUUUCUCCUAUCGCUGUGUUUGUGCUGGGGAACGUGGUGGGGUACACCUGGUGCAAGUUUUCUUUUUUCGCAUUUUGGAUUCUGACGGCCAGCAGCUGUUGCAAUGUCAUCAUUUACAGUGUGCGUGACCAGCGUUUUAGGAAAGGGCUGAAUUUGCUCUUUCAGCGAGAAAGAUCACAAGCUCACACAGAUAAAUACUGAGAUUAUUAGAGAAGCGUAAGUCUGCUAUGAUCUUUCUUUAACUUCUGCCUCAAAAGAUUACUGGUUUGUUUUUUUAAGGAUCUUUUUGAUAACGGGUUCAAGUACAAUAAUAGGCACCUUUUCCAAGGUUUCUGGCAUUUGUUGCUUAGUUUUAUGGAGGAUUGUACUUUAUAUGUAAUUAUAUUUUUUCAUUUUUAUUAUUUAUUAAAUAUAGCGUGUCAUAUUAAUAAAUAACAGAUACCACUUAUCAUCCUAAUGUACGUCUUCAUUGUAAGUAUUGGGGGAAAUAAGGAAAGCAUGCCACAAUAAAGAUUUAAUUUAAAGUUUUCCAAACCUGCCAAGUUUGUGUGACAUCAAAGGUUAUGAAUGUUGUGUAUAAAAUAUUUUAUUUGUGUAAUUCAAUAAAUUUAUUUUUUAAAUGCAUCAAAUUAUAGUGCAUUAUUUAUACAGUACUACAUUAAAUACAGUAAUACAAUAAAAAAGGAUAUGUUUACAGUAAGGUUGUAUUGGGAAUGAGUGCAGACAUGUAGUGUUUCUUUAUAAAGUAACAUUGCCACCUACUGGCAUGGGCUGCAUGAUACAGCGUUUUAAGGCAUUUUCGCAGAUCCAUAUAAAUGCAGAUCUUCUGGAUAACGUUGUUAUGUGUAUGUGAACAUUUCAACAAAUGCAAAAGAAAAACAUUAAUGGUUUUACUACAUUGCUUAUAUAUAAAUACAUUGGGUAAUAUAAUAUAUAAAAUGAUUAGGGCUGUUAAUUUAACACGUUAAGUUAUGAGGGGAAAAACGGGUUAAAAGUUUUAAUGCACUCGAUCAAGCCAGUGCUGCAUCGUCCCAAAAUUUUAUUAUUUCACAUGCUUUAAAGCCUUGCCAAUUUAAAUAUUUAAAUGGGCCAUUGUAUUAUUAUAUAGAGUACUACUUUAUACAUUAAAUACAGUAAUACAAUUUUAAAAAACUAUAUUAAUGAGUUAUUUGACUUUAAUGUUAUUUUGAUAUUUUAAAGUCUUAAAUAUUUUGGUUACACUUUACAAUAAGGUUGUAUUUGUUAGUAAAUGCUUUAGCUAACAUGAACUAACAAUGAAAUGAGCAUUUAUUCAUCUUUGUUAAUUUUAGUUAAUUCCAAUAUAAUUGUUCCUGUUGUGCAUCAUUGUGCAUUUACUAAUGUUAACAGUCACAACUUCUGAUUUUAUAAAUGUAUUAGUAAAUGCUGUAUAAUAUAUUGUUCAUUGUAAGUUUAAUGCCGUUAGACUGUGGUUGUGCAUUAUUUAUAAAUAAUUCAAAGGACCAGAGUCAUUAUUCUGCUUAUACCACGGUUACCACAAACAUUGCUCUGGUGGUUAUUUUAAGACAUUUUGACAUGUCAGUUGUGCGUUUAUCGAAAUAUAAUGCAUACCCGUGGAACAUUUCUCAACCAAUCAGAAUAAAUCAUUCAACUGCCCUGUGGUAUAACAUGCUAUAAUUUAUACUCUUAUAACACUAUGACGUUCAUGAUAAUGCUAUACAUUAUUGAUG